AAAUGGCGCGGGCUAUCGCAAGCAUUUUCAGUUUCUGUUCAUUAUGAAAAUAUGAGAACCGGUACAACUAAACGCAGAACAAACAUAAAUACAUCAGUUAGCAGGGAUCUUUGAACACCGUAUUCACUUUCAAUUUGAACUCCAAUCUGAUAAAUAUCGGAGUACCUCAUGGCGAAACAGGUACAGCCAUCACUGGAGUCGUUCCUGCAAGCGGGUGACACUCCACAACCUCGACCAGACGAAGUGGCCAAGACUUUCAAGCGACGCAGUGUUAACAUUGACCUGCAGAAAUCUAUCCAGCUCCUCGAUGAUGCAGUUUCUCCGUCAGUGAACCGACCUGUGAGGACACCAAGAAGUGGCUACCGUCAUGUAAAUUAUACCCCCAAUAGACUGGAUUCCAGAUUCAAUACCAGUGUGAAGGACGUGUUUGUCUUCACUCCUGCAAAGACAAAGGAAGGGGAUGAGUUAAGGACUCAAAAUAUUUCACCUGUGCUACCCAUACUGACAACAACACAGAACAUGGAAUUCACUACAGGGAUUGACAUGACAGAAGAUUUGACACAAAGCAACCUGACGUUUUUGGCCGAUGGAGACCCAGGACUGAAAGCUUCGUCAGGGCUGUAUGAGGACUUCAUGUCGGCAAUGAAACGCUGCCCGGCCCCACACCAAGUGAUGGAUCUCCUGUCGUGCUAUGAAAUGUCUUGUUCAGAACUGGUCACCAAGUUGAAGAAACUACAGAAAGGUGUCACCAGGAACCAACCCAAACUGAAAAGAACCGUGACCACUCUGGGCCUGUUGAGAGGUGAGCUUGAAACUUGGCAGUUGGUGAAAUCUUUGUACAAAGACAGACUGGAAACUGAAGCAAAAGAUGAUGACAUGAACUCAAAUGAUGAAGGACUCUUGACAAAGGUGUGGUCACUCAGUGAGCAGAAUAUUACAAGUCAUCUGUAUGAGAAAGAUAGACUUGUGCGGCAGAGUCAGCUUGUCAUUGAUUGGCUGGAGAUGUGUGCUGCAGAGAAUUUAGAUACUUGGGCUGAAAAUGUGAAAAUGUUUGUGGACCAGCCAGUUUCCUGGGAAAAUUCUCUCCAUCACCUGCAGAAAAUGAAGCAAGGACUGAGAGCAACUACGGAGCGACCUACGAUCUCCGAAAUGGACCCUGAUGCUCCCCACAGACAAAGGAAACCACUGGAUGAUUUAGAUAAGGAGGAUGAAAGGUUACUUUUGAAAUGUCUCUUCUGGUGUUUGAGAGCUGGGCAGCUUGAUAAGGCUCAAGAACUCUGUCACAUUUGUGGCCAACCCUGGCGUGCUGCUUCACUUGAAGGGUGGAGGUUGCUUCAUGACCCAAACUAUUACAGCUAUAGCUCUGCGGGUGAUGGAAAACAGAGUUCAGUGGAGGGAAAUGCUUACAGGGAUGUGUGGAAAAGCGUGUGCUGGCGGAUGGCUUCAGAGACGGAGUUGGACAAAUAUGAACGGGCCUUGUACGCUGCCCUCAGUGGGAACCUGGAGUCUCUGCUGCCUGUCUGUGUGUCGUGGAUGGAUUUCUUGUGGGCCUACUACAAAGUGAUGGUGGACAUCAAGGUGGAGCAGGAGAUCAGACUGCACCGUCAUGUGACCCGCACGCUGGACAGUAUGCCUCCCGAGUUCUGGGACAAAAUGUUAGAACCUCAAGAGAUAUUUAAGGAGAUUGGGGCCAGUGUUGAUGAGGCUGUAAGGCAGGAGUCAGAGCACUGGUAUCACCUGAUACAGAAGUUUGUCAUCUUGGGAGAUGUACCUGCUUUGAUCAACGUCAUGCACAGCUGGCUCCAGAACAGGAAGGACUACCUUCCCCAGCAUCUGCUACGUCUCAUGGUGCACAUUGUUCUCUUCCUCAAAUCAAUAGGACAUGUUAGCAAGGAAGACUUGUGUGAGGCCAUUAUCGAGGCUUAUGUCGCCGAUCUGAUCAAGAGCAAGCGUAAGAGUCUAGUGGCUCACUAUGUGGCCACCCUGCGGGCACCGGCACAAGUGCAGUGGUAUGCCAGUUUCCUGGAAGGUGUUGAAGAAACAGAGGAAAGACAGCAGUGCCUGGUGUGGGCGGAGGAAGAGGGCCUGGAUGUGGCAGCCAUCACCAAAGCUGUGGUGGAGAGGGUCCGGGAUAGGGAAACCACUGCUCUGCCUCCUGAGAACAGCUUGGCACCUGACGUGACUGUCACUGCUGAGGAUCGUGCUAAGAUUGAUGCCAUUGAUUGGCUGGUCUUUGAUGAAUCGCAUCGAUCUGAAGCCAUGAAGCAAGCUAACGCCAUCAUGCGUGCAUUUAUUGCUGUGAAGAAGCACCUUGCUGCCCGCCAAGCUUUUGAAAAACUUCCCACAGAUUCUAUUGAUGUAAUCUAUCGCCAGUGGCACCUCCAGACUGGGACAGGUGAGCUUCCUGUUGAAGACAGCAAUGCCAUCAGAGAAUACAUGUGCAUGAAGGCGUAUCUAGAUGCGGUGGAAAGCUUCAACGACUGGUUCAGCUUGUACCAUCAGGGCCGGCCGGCCAAGCCCAGCGUUGGCAGUGAGGGUGUGGCUAGCUUCACGGACCGUGUGGCUCUUGAGCACAAGAUGAAACAGUACCAGAUGGAGAUGGAGCGUUGGAGGCAUAGUCUCCGCCAGCAGACCAGGGUGACCAAAGACAGGAUCUACAAUGUGCUGUUGUUUGCUGAUGGAGGUUGGCUGGUUGAUGCAGAAGAGGAGACUGACAUGGACGAAGUCCGCCAGCGCCAGAUGAGCCAGCUGCGGAAGCUGCACUUGCCUGCUCUCUGCCUGAACCUGCACAAUGUACUUCACUCUAGCGAGAUGUAUGCCGAUGCUGUGCAGAUUGCAGAUGUCAUUGCCUCAGAGCAUCAUCAGCUGUACCAGGACUUUGACACAGAGUCCCUGCAGCAUCUCCUGGGCCAGAUCAGCAGAUCAUCACGCUGUCUUUUAGACGAGAACAAAGACCCACUGGGCUACGAAGUGGUGUAACUCUCAGGUUGAAAAAGAGCUUUGUCCGUGUUGUUAGUACAAUAGAACUCAUUUACAACUGUAUUCACAGAGCCAGGGCCUUAGUGCUAGUGCCAUUAUGUAAUGGAUGUGAUUCUAACCAGUGUAGAAGAGAAGUAAUAGAAAUGUUUAUGUGCUUGCCAUUGUCCAGCACUGAUGAUAGGAAUAUAAAAUUUGGUUACACUCAUUAAUGAAAGUAAAGUCCUACUAUUUUGUAGAGCAAGGGAGGUUUUGGCAGAUGCAAGCAAUUGUGUGGUGAAAAUAGAUUUCCUCAGUGAACAAUGAAAACAGGGAGAAGGUUUCUUUUCACAUCUGACAUGCUGUGCUAUUAAUAGCAGAAUCAAAUGAACAUCAGGCUCUGGUGGCUCUAUAGUCUCGACAUCCCUCCGUCAUUACUGGCUCCUUUUCUCUUUUGUCUUCUUCAGUUGAGAGACCCAGCUUGGUUCUUGAAAGGCCAAAAUGCUCACCUUAUUUAAAUAAAUUUGUCUCUUCUGUGCUUUGACUAUGUCUCAAAGGCAGAGGAUCAGACUUUCAAGCUGUCUGCUUUUUUUUCUCUUCUCGCUACUCUUCUUUCCCAUUUUACUUUUGCAUUCACCUAGUUAGGUCAAAUUGCGAUACACGAUCUCUAAUUGCCCUGAAAAAAAAUUGGCUGUGUGGAUACUAUGUCCAGCAUCUCACAGCAGUAUUCUCUCUAAACUUGAACUGAUCACACUUAAAACAAAGAGGGAAUCUCCAUUCUAAGAAAGAUGAACCACAUUGAUCGUUGUAUCAGUAAUGUUUCAGUAAAGUAAAGCAAUGGGGGAAAUGAAGCUGAGUUUAAGAAAUCUUUUUGCUCAAGAUUUGAGCGAUUCCAAAGCAGUUGUAAAUGAGUUCUACUUUACAAUGCCUGAUGCCAUGCCCUUCAUCAGACUCAUGCUGUACUCAUGGUUCAAACUGACAUAUUAAGAAUGACCUCAAUGUUCCUUCUCAUGUGUUCAUAAUAAUAACAUAUUUUGUUUAAGUAAUUAUGUUGUUUCUUGGGGAUUGCUAUAUCACUCUCAAACAAUCCCAAGUUCUUGCUUAAGAAAGGUUGACAGACACGUUAAAGUUUGAUGUAUGAAUGGCGAGUUACAUGUAUUAAAUAAAGUUUCAAUGAUUUGUAAA